GAAAUAGAGAGGGGGAAGGGAAAGAGAAACGUGGGGAUGAAAAAUUUUAUGGGAUAACGCCGGUCGAGCAACGAGGACGGGCCACCGUGUCGCCCCGCCCAUCGUCCCGCCCACGUCAGUGGUGGUUGCCGCUAAGCUUUCUCCGCUCCCUCGCCCUUCAUCCUUCGCGGCGCAGCUGGGACCUUCUCGCUGGCGAAGCAGCGCACACACGUCAUCCUCACCAACGGCGAACGGCGCUUUCAAUCGUAGCCUCGGGGUCGCCGUUACGAUCCAUCUAUCACGAUCCAUCCCUUCGGAAAUCGUCGGAUUCGUCGAUUGUGAACUAUUAUUGGGAAUACUUCUACGAGUGAUCUAAACCGUGUAUCGAUGUGACGUUGCUGAGAUGUGAAUUGACUGGACAUUGUUUUGAAAUUGAAAACUUUCAAAUAAAAUUGAACGAAUUUAAUAGAAGAACCGGAAAGAAGCCGGAAGAGAAUCAGUUUUCGAAUAGAUUGGUGCAAAAGAUAUAUUGGUGUAUGAAGAUGUUUAAACAAUAUUAUUCUUUACAGAAUAAUUCUCUCAAAUUGAACUUUUAAAUCACAAUUAAUUAUCUUGUUAAAGAAAAAUUCUUUUAAUUUAUAAUUCGAUAAUUAGCAAAUUAAAAAUGAGAUAGAGGACUAGUUCAACAAAUAUACGAGAUGUUGGUGAUUAUAAAUAUGGAAUGUGUAAAACGAUUAUAGGAUUGAAACGAACUGAGCUUGAUGAUGACGUCGGACAAUGGGGAUUACGUAAAGUUUAUUACUGAAGUGUCGAACAUCAAAUCGUAGUGGAAAAUACACUUUUAAAAUGAAGAAAAUCUUUUAAAAUCUACGAUGUCGAUUCGCGUCGCAAUGGAUGUGAUUUAAAAUUAUUCGCGAUAAAUUUAAACAAUUGUUAAGGACUGUAGAACGUACCUUGUGAUUAAUGCGAAUGUGAAUUUUGUUCAAAUCUCGAAGUAUCUCGUAUACUCAAUAAUUACUUGGAAGUCGGUGAAAGUGACGGCUGACAGAAGAAAAAGUUGUGUUGUGAGCUGUGCUGCUUGGGUCAAUUAAACGGCGAUAUCUUAACAAUUUCUGUUUACCAUGCAACCAUUUUCAACGGGUAGCACAAUGGCAACCGAGACACCAACUAGUUUACCACCCGAGAGGGUAACUUCCCCGACUGAGCCUUGCCGAAAUCUUACCUUCUCCAUUGCAAAAAUUAUGGAACCGGAUAAACGACUAACCGAGCAAAACUCUAAUCCGGUGCUUCCACCCCCACCAGCAGUCCCAGCCACAACGACGACAACAAUUCUUCAACAACCACCGAACAUCUCUUCCCCGUCAUACUCGGCGCAUUUGAAGUCAGCGUUUGAAAAAUACGUGCCGACCUUGAGGCAUCAAGAUCUGCUUCAGCAUUAUCCCGUAUUAUCCAAGUACUAUCCACUGUACUAUCCGAAUCCCUUAUUGAGGGCUUUUCCAGGCCCUCCUGCUUCGGCCCAAUCUGUCACGCAGAAUUCACCACCUCCUACGACUAUUCAGGAGGCCUCCUCGAGAUUGAAUUUGACCAGUAUGUUGCCAGAAAAUCAACGCGGUAAAAAGAGCCCGGCGCCGCGAGGCGAGCUUGGCACUGCGAACAAGCAGAAGACUUUCACUUGCCCGGAGUGCGGCAAAGUGUUCAAUGCGCAUUAUAAUUUGACUAGACACAUGCCAGUGCACACGGGCGCCAGGCCAUUCGUCUGUAAAAUUUGCGGCAAGGGUUUCCGUCAGGCGAGCACACUUUGCCGACACAAAAUCAUCCACACCGCCGAAAAACCGCACAAAUGCGUGACGUGUGGCAAGGCCUUCAAUCGUAGUUCUACUCUUAACACUCACACGCGCAUACAUGCUAAUUUUAAGCCGUUUGUCUGCGAGUUCUGUGGCAAGGGUUUUCAUCAGAAGGGCAAUUACAAGAAUCACAAGCUCACACACAGCGGCGAGAAGGCGUACAAGUGCAACAUUUGUAACAAGGCGUUUCACCAGAUCUACAAUUUGACUUUCCACAUGCACACUCACAACGACAAGAAGCCGUUCUCCUGUAAGAUUUGCGGCAAGGGCUUUUGCAGAAACUUCGAUCUCAAAAAACACAUGCGAAAGCUGCACGAUACAGGUUCGCCGAUGCUCAACGGAUUGGAUGCUUCGAGCCAGAAUCACAAUCAACAGACGGGCUAUUCGUCAGUGUAUCACGGCCCGGAACAUUCUAUUGUCAGCCCGUUUAUACUUCCUCCGCCUGGAUCCACCAGUUAUCACUCUUUGAGUAAGAUGUUGUGACAAAGCGAAAAUAUGCAUUAUCCAAGGAAGACUCAAUAUCCGCUUAUUAUUGGCUCAACUUGCUAUUCAACUGACAUGAGUCAGUUGGCGCAAACUUCUAAGUGAAAAAUAAAGGAACCGCCAAAAACCGUUCAAUUUCUUACUCGGAAAGAAUAUUUCUACCCUUAGUUACAAAAAUAAAGGUAUUUCUCUACUUACGACAGGGUUAGACUUCGAUCAUAAAUUAAACUGAUUGUAAGUCGAAUAGCAAUAUAGCGUUAAGUACACUAAACUGCCGAUAUCAUAACGUUUAAAUUGAUGUAUUAUUAGUAUUAUUUCAUAUAAAUAAACUAUUAUAUAUGGUAGAUAAUUAUAUUAUUACUAAAAACAAGUAUGGAUUUUUAUUCAGUAAAUUAAAAAACAAAUUUUUUAAAGAUUAUAAUUCUUAACAUAAUAUUUGUUAUUACAAAAUUAAUAUUACCUUGAACACAGAUUAACUUUAAAAGUGAUUAUAAAAAAUAUUUUUUUCUUAAAACUAUAAGAGAAAAAAGUUAUAGAAUAUCAUUCUUUGUUUUUUAGAUGUAAUCAAGAAGAUAUUCAUGUGAUGUGACUAUAUGGUGAGUUAAGAAAAGAUGCCCCACAUUUAAGUCUUUUUUUUAAAUAACUAUCAUGUUAUGGAUUUAAGUUAAGGAAAAUUAAUUAUAAUGUUUUCGAGAUUUUUAUUUAUUCGUAUAAACAAUUAAAUUAAUUCAAUGUUCUAAAUUUUCAGAAAAAAAUUAGUCAGCCUUGUCAAAUUAUAUUUAUAACGUAUGGAUAAGAAGCCACCUUCUGUGAUUAAAGAAGAUACAAGCAUUUAAUUAGUAUAACAUAAUAAAAAGUUUUAUGUUAUAUUUACAGUAGAAUAUCAAGUUUAAAUUAUGAAAACACAAAAAUAAUUGAUGAAACAUAAAUGGAUAAUUUGGGAAGCAACUUCUUUUCACAUUUUUAAAGAUUAAAAAACAUUUCACAAAAAAUUAAACAGCAUGGAAAUUUAUUUCUUCAGAUUAUAUCGCCAAAAGAGAUUUGGUUUACAAUCUUUAAAACUUAAGUUACACUCAUCUAUCCACAUCUUAAACUAACCUUACAAAACUAUAUGAAUAGACUUCAAUUGCCCCUUACAAUUUCUUUGUUGCGCAAUAUACCUAUUUCAUAUGUUUUAUGUUAUGUUCCGUUUAUUUUUAUUAUAACUUCUUAUUUUCUUUCAUAACUCUGCUCUUUUCCUCUUUAUCUUCUUUUCUCUCUCUUUCCAUAUCUUUUAUAUUUCGCCUUUUUUAAUCUAAACUCUCUGAUCACCUAUAUAUUUCUUCUUUACAUUCUUCCAUAACCAUUUGCUUAUCUUAUUAUAUAUACAUAGUGUUUCAUAACAUCUAUUCUUUCUUCACAUAAUACGUAAUGUAUUUCAAUCUUCUUCACCUAACUAAUAUUUAUUCUUUCUUCGUAUUUCUGCAUCUUAACUUAAUCAGCGCCUUAAUUCCCCUUCCCACUCGAACUUUAUCUAAAAAUUCCUUUUCCAAAUAUCUAGGAUUCUUUCUUUCUAUUUUUCUAUAUGUACUGUUACAUCUUGCUGCUGCAAUUUUAUUGUCUUCCCAUAUCCUUUGUCUUUCCCGUUCUCUGUCAAUUAAAUUUCCCUCCAUGUUUCCGUUAUUCUCCCUUAAUUCCUUCAUUGUCUCCUAUCUAUUCCUAUUAAAAGAUCUCUUCCUCUACUAUACAAAUCCAUCCACUCCCUCCUCAUCCUUCAUCCAAUUCUUAAUUUAUCUAUUGCCAGUUCUUUUAUAAUUAAGUACAUUAAUAUAAAAUUCUUCUUCAAAAAUCCAUCUUAUAUAAUCCAUCAUAAACUUCUCUAAUACCUCUUUUUCCUUUCACCCUCACAUCUCUACCUCGUAUGCCAUAACACUCUUAUGCACGAUUUAAUUGGAACAAAGUAUAUACUAUUGUGUACACUUUGCACAGCUUCCGAUAAAGUUAUGAUUAUUUUUCAAUACCAUGUUAAUGCCUUAGCAUUUUUUAUUUCCUGAUAAUGAUAGAAACUGUGAUUUUGUUGUUUUAAUCUCAUUUGUAGCUACCAUGGUUAGUAACUGUUAGAUUAACUUACAUAGCCCACUAGUAGCUCUCGGGUUGAGUACAAAUGUGUAGUAUUGCAAUGUCGACGAUUACAAUUGCAACGCAACUUGUAUCGCUGUGUGCACGAAAGUGUCUAGGGAUAUUGCAGUUCUGGAUUUGGAAUCAGCGACCAAAAAUCUACAAAAAUUGAUACACCUUAUCCAUGUUGCCCAUUUAAUGGCUACCUAUGUAAUCUAUUACCGUACACUACCUCUCGUUCAUACAUAUAUGAAUUACCCUUCUCAGUUCCCUUUUAUUAUUUUAUUUAAGACCAUUGUAUAUUACCCUUUUUCUUGCAUCCAUUUUGUGAGACUUUUUUCCCUCAUUUCCUAUAAUUUGAUUUUUGCUUUUUUUUUAUAUUCACUUCUUUUCUUAUCCUUUCACCAUAUUACUUAUCCUUAUAUUAAAAUCCCCUUUUAUUACUCUCUCCCCUUUUCUUUCUUCUAUUAUCUUGUUAACCUUUUUCUUUUAAAUUUUUCCAUUACUUUCUAUUAAAUUUAAUACAAUUAUUAUAUUCUUUUUUUGCUUUCAACAUUAAUACCUCCUGUUCUUCUCUUUUUAAUCAUUUACUAUCAUCUUUUUUCUAUUCAUUUAUAAUUCUAAUUGCAAAAUCCUACUUUUAUUUUCUUUCUCCUCUUAUUUUUCUCUCCCAUUAUAAAGCUAUAUGCUCAUACAAGUAAUACAGUCUUUCCUUUAAAUUUUUCUAUCCACUUUUUUUCAUUCAAGUUUCACAAAGACUUAUAAAAUCAAAAUCACCAUUUACGUAUCCUCAAAAAAAAAUCUAAAUCUUUAUUUCUUAAUUCUGCUAUGUUCCAAAAUAAAAAUCUGCUGUUGUUCCUAUUUUCUUUCCUUGUACUAUUCACUAUUUCCUCUUCUUUUCUAAUACCAUCUUUCAUCCUAUCUUGGCUCACUAGAAAAACCUCUCAAAUGCUAGUCGCCAAUCAAGUAAUAUGUCCCGACAAGUAAUACAUUGGAAAGCACACACCAAGAUGAUCACAGAUAUGUAAGUCAUUGUCUUUCGAACAAACGUCGAUAUGGUAUUUACAAAGUGUAACAGAAAGGUCGAAAUUGGAUUAUCUCGGGAAAUACUUAUAAGUUUCAUAAAAACAUGUUUCAAAUAGAAGUUAUUAAUAGAAAGGUUUAAAAAAGUUUAUUCAUUGAUCUUAUCAGUUUGCCCUUGAAUGGCAUCAUCAAGGUCAGGUCAAAGUCACAACACUUCUUUUUAAUGAAACACCCUAUUUAGUUCCACAGUCUAAUAGUAAUUGUCGAGAGCUUUUCAAAACACCAUAUUGAUGUUUAUUAAUUAUUUCUCGAGUUAUAAGGCGUAAAUGUUAUAGAAUAAAGUUGGUAUUUAUACCGCGCUCGGAUUUGCACCUCAAAAGUCAGAAAAAAUAGAAGGAGUAAAGGUAGCUAGCUCGCAACCAUUCUGAUAUAUGUCUUUAUAAUAUAUUAGUAUUGUAUUAUGAUUUCAAUACUUUAUUGUUAAUAUUGACAAAAAUAUCAUAAAUUGAUUUCUCCUUGUAAUAAAUAGCACAAUCGUGUAUUACGACCUACAUAAAAUGAUUACUGUAAGAAAUGUAGAAGACAUAAUGAUUAUUUUAUGAUACGUAAAUGUGGAGGAACAGUAAAGAAUGGAAGAUGAUACGAGCAAGAUACAAAUGCAUAGCUCUUGUAUUCUUUGUUUAGUUUGAUUUCUUGUAUCUGAUAUCCACCUAUUUAUAAUAUAGGUACACUUCAAGCAAGCGAGAUUUACACCUUACAAUUAACACAAACGGUGCGUGAUUAGGAAGUAGCACUUGCUUUUCCGUCGAGAAUACAAUGUGCAUAUAUCUGCACUCUGUUAAUGUCUGCACAUGUUAAUCUCUUUAAUAUCGCAUUAUAUUAUUACUUUGUAUAUACAAUUUAUCAUUCUUAUCCCUUAAUAAACUUUAUAAACAUAUUUUGUAAAUCAUUAUGUUAUUUUACAUUAUAUUUGUAAAUUAUCGAUGCGCCGUGUAUCUUACACAU